ACUGAGACACCCACAACAACCACAACUGAAGCCACAACGACGACAACUGAGUCACCCACAACAACCACAAUUGAGGCAACAACAACCACAGCUGAGGCAACAACAAAAACAGCUGAAACCACAACGACCACAACUGAGGCCACAACAACCACAACUGAGUCACCCACAACAACCACAACUGAGUCAACAACAACCCCAACUGAGGUAACAACAACCACAGCUGAAGCAACAACAACCACAAAUGAGUCACCCACAACAACCACAAUUGAGGCAACAACCACAGCUGAAGCCACAACAACCACAACUGAGUCACCCACAACAACCACAACUGAGGUCACAACAACCACAACUGAGUCACCCACAACAACCACACCUGAAGCCACAACAACCACAGCUGAAGCCACAACAACCACAACUGAGUCACCCACAACAACCACAACUGAGGCAACAACAACCACAGCUGAGGCCACAACAACCACAGGUGAAGAAACCACAACUGAGACACCCACAACAACCACAACUGAAGCCACAACGACGACAACUGAGUCACCCACAACAACCACAAUUGAGGCAACAACAACCACAGCUGAGGCAACAACAACAACAGCUGAAACCACAACGACCACAACUGAGGCCACAACAACCACAACUGAGUCACCCACAACAACCACAACUGAGUCACCCACAACAACCACAACUGAGGCAACAAAAACCACGACUGAGGCCACAAAAACCACAGCUGAAGAAACCACAACUGAGACACCCACAACAACCACAAUUGAGGCAACAACGACAGCUGAAGCCACAACAACCACAACUGAGUCACCCACAACGAUCACAACUGAGGUCACAACAACCACAACUGAGUCACCCACAACAACCACAAUUAAGGCCACAACAACAACAGCUGAAGCCACAACAACCACAACUGAGUCACCCACAACAACCACAACUGAGGCAACAACAACCACGACUGAGGCCACAAAAACCACAGGUGAAGAAACCACAACUGAGACACCCACAACAACCACAACUGAAGCCACAACGACGACAACUGAGUCACCCACAACAACCACAAUUGAGGCAACAACAACCACAGCUGAGGCAACAACAACAACAGCUGAAACCACAACGACCACAACUGAGGCCACAACAACCACAACUGAGUCACCCACAACAACCACAACUGAGUCACCCACAAAAACCACAACUGAGGCAACAAAAACCACGACUGAGGCCACAAAAACCACAGCUGAAGAAACCACAACUGAGACACCCACAACAACCACAACUGAAGCCACAACGACGACAACUGAGUCACCCACAACAACCACAACUGAGUCAACAACAACCCCAAUUGAGGUCACAACAACCACAGCUGAAGCAACAACAACCACAACUGAGUCACCCACAACAACCACAACUGAAGCCACAACAACCACAACUGAGUCACCCAUAUCGACCACAACUCAGUCACCCACAACUUCCACAACUGAAGUCACAACAACCACAACUGAGUCACCCACAACAACUACAACUGAGGCAACAACAACCACGACUGAGGCCACAAAAACCACAGCUGAAGAAACCACAACUGAGUCACCCACAACAACCACAACUGAAGCCGCAACGACCACAACUGAGUCACCCACAACAACCACAAUUGAGGCAAAGACCACAACAGCUGAGGCCACAACAACAACGACUGAGUCACCCACAACGACCACAACUGAGUUACCCACAUCGACCACAACUGAGUCACCCACAACUACCACAACUGAGGUCACAACAACCACAAAUGAGUCACCCACAACA